UCCUGCAAUGUCCCGCUGGAGGAGGACAGUCUGAGUGAACUCGGGAGGGGAAGCGCCCGCCGCGCUGUUAAAACUCUCUGGAUUUACACUCUGCCAUUUUGAGGAAAACCGGCCGACAUCAGCGUUCAGACGCGUCCAUCAAAACACAAGUCAUGACCUGAGUUGGUGAGCAAACCGCUGCGAAAUUAAGAGAAGGCCUCUGAAGUGGGGGACAGUUAACAAAGGAGGAACUGUUGUUUCGAACCGCUCACUGGUCAGCUAUGUGUUCUACAAAUCACUCAAACUGGGUCACAUUUGAAGAUGACAACACACCGCUCUCGUCACCUCAGAAGCCCCUGCAGUCACCAGGGCUUAUCAAAGCAUCGGUACCACGUCCCAAUGGUCUGAAAUUAGUGCUUCCUCCGAUCAGAGACACUUCCUGGAGCCUCAACAGUUCCCUGGAAUCCCCUCAAAGCCACUCAAGUCUUAGUGGCAGUUCCUGUGUACCAUGUAACACGCCCUUUUGCACUCCUGUAAGUGGGGUUCCUAGCAGCUCAUCCCCAUUUCACUCAAACACAAGGGAAAAGAACAACUUCUUCCACAGUUUCUCCACCACCUCUGUUCCCUCCCCUGCGCCAGAGGCCCCGACUCAAACCUCAGAUGGACCAAGCCCUUUCCCUUCUUUCCAGGGGAGAUCAGGACACUUUAAUCCCUUCUGGGAUGGCUCUACAAACAGCGCAGAUGUGGGCAGCUCCUCCUCAGACUCAGAAUCUGACAACAGCCUACCACGUUUCUUUAUUCGGACCAAAGAUGGCAGCGAGCCUCCACGCGACCACCUCCAGAACUCCUUCUCCUACGUUUGCCACAAACUGGAAGGCCUACGAACAGAGACGGACCAGGAAGCAGGGACUGAAAGAGACAGGGAGAGGAGGCUAAGUUGCAAAAACGAGGUUCUGAGUGAUGGUUCAUCUCAGUUUGUUCCUCGGGGGUUGUUUCGCAGCCAGAAGAGAGACGGCUGGUCCGUAAUGCUCAGGAUUCCAGAAAAAAAGAACCGCAUGUCCUCCAGACAGUGGGGUCCCAUCUAUCUCCGCUUGUUGGCGGGAGGCGUGCUGCAGAUGUACUACGAGAAAGGGCUGGAGAAGCCUUUCAAAGAGUUCCAACUUCUCCCUCAAUGUAGGCUCUCAGACCUCAAACUGGAAAGCCAUGGCGAGCCCCGCAAAGUCCUCACAGUAAAGGUGGAACAUUUCUCAUACACAGAAAAGAAACGCUACCACCCGAAGCUGGAGGUCAACCAUGAGGCGGAGGCAGAGCAGCUGCUCAAGUUUGGCUCCACAGUGCACGACGAUAUGGAGGAUCUGGUCGUCUCCAUGGAAGAGGAAAUCUUCAAACUGUCCGUGCCCCACCAACAGAGGCGGCACUACGAGGAGCAAGAGCUGUCGUUGCAGAUCACGGAUCAUAUAUGGAUACAACUGGAUAAGUUUGGAGGAGUCAUGGAGCGGACAGCCUUCACACAGAUUCACUGUCUCGCAUUUCUGAACGGACUAGGGGAUUGUUUUCUGGCCCUGAACGACCUCGGGCUGCUGCGCUUCAACUCCAGCUACGGCUCCGAGGAGGACGGUGAACUGCGGAUGGAGAUCACAGACUGCCACUUUCACAAAUGUGUGAAUGAGUCAGAGUUUCAGAGGUCUCGACUGAUUAAGUUCUCCCCUCCUGAUGCGUGUAGGGUGGAGCUGAUGCGCUACAAGACGAUGUUUUUGGGUUGCACAGAAAUACCCUUCUCGAUCAAAGCCGUGGUCACAGUUCAAGGUGCCUACGUGGAGCUCCAGGCCUUUCUUAACAUGUCGGCAACCUUCCUCUCCACCACGGGGGUGUCUGACUCGUACCCGCUUUGUGAGAACGUGGUGGUGCGUGUGCCGGUACCAGGCGACUGGGUCAAAGUGACACAAACGGUGGCCUUACUGCGACAGAGGUCACUGAAGGCCCGCAUGAACAGAAAUGCCUGCUUGGGCUCCAUCAGCGCUGCAGACUCGCAGCCUGUCAUGCAGGUUUCAAUUGGCACCGUCAAGUAUGAGAAUGUAUAUUCAGCCGUUGUCUGGAGGAUUGACAGGCUGCCCGCAAAGAAUACAGCUGUUGAUCAUCCUCAUUCAUUUUCCUGCAAGCUAGAGCUGGGAUCUGAUCAGGAGAUCCCGAAUGACUGGUACCCCUUUGUCACGAUGGAAUGUGAAAUAAUGGGCGCAGUUGUGUCACAGACCAGAGUCAAGUCACUGGGCACUAAGAAUGACAUCCAGCCACAGAAACAUGUGACCAGUUGGACACGGUAUCAUUGUCAGGCCAAACUCUACUUGUCUAUAAUUGAUGAUGUGAUUGAGAGUAUGAGGGAGCUCUUCUUGGAUGAAGGGCUUGAAGAUCGCGCCCUGGACGAUUUAAGACAUCUUUGGGAGUCAAAGAUGAUGCAGUCAAGAGCAAUGGAAGACUUCAGGAAAAACAACAUCAACACAUCCAACUUUGUGCUGCAGCUUCCAGCCAACUACAGUCAGGCUGAUCAAGAACUCACAGCCUCAGUUGUGAUCCCCGCAAGUCAGAAUAUCCGCAGUUUCCCAGUCAAGAACAACUCGGAGACACUCGCUACUUUCUCUCUCCCUGCUGGGUUAUCCUACCCUGUGCAGAUACCAGCUGGAGUCACCCUGCAAACAGCUUCUGGUCAACUUUACAAGGUCAACGUCCCUGUAGUGGUCACUCAGGCCCUGGCAGGUCAGGAACCUUUAUCCCAACCCACACAGGGAGCUCCGGACCCUCAGUCAGCUACAGUCCCACCCAAUCCCGCUCGUCCUCAGGAGUUGGGGCCAUUGUCUGUGCCAGCUGCUUCUGUCACUCAGCCGCCACAGCCAAACACCACUUUACCCCCCAGUCAGGAAAGCAGCCUUCCCCUGCAGCCACAAGUUCCUGUAGCCAAGACCUUGCCACCUCAGGCAGCUCCCUCUCCAGAGCCAGACGUCACAACGGAAGAGGAUGAGCCAAGUACAGAGCCCGUAAACCUCAGUAUGACCUCCUCGCCCUGCAGUCAGUUAUUAGACUUCCAGAUCAGCACUGAGGAGGCUUUGACACAGACGACUCAAUUAAAGACCAGAGACAUAGAUGACAUUCUCAAAGAGGUGAUCGAGGAGGAGAGAGAAAAAGCCAUAAGGGCGAGAAAUCUUGCUCCCGUGAAGACUGACAGCCAGUCCGACGCCAUUCUUGGGCUGGACCUGGACUAUAACUACAGUGAACUGUCAGACAUCGUUCAGCUGGAUGGUCCCGCAGACGACUCUGACAUCGAGGAGGAAGAGCGAGUUCCUCUAGAAGAGAACGACUUUCUGGGUAUAAUCAACGCAGAGGCCAUAAAGGCCCUGCAGGAAGGAGACGGAAGCAGUGGCGGUAACAGCAUCUCCUCCAGCAGUGACAGCGAAGGAGCCAAUGAGCUCGCUGAUGUAGAGGAGGAGGAUCCUUUGAACUCAGGUGAUGAUGUGAUUGAACAAGACAUCCCAGAUCUCUUUGACACAGACAAUAUAAUUGUUUGCCAGUAUGACAAAAUUCACCGUAGUAAGAACCGCUGGAAGUUCCAUUUGAAAGAUGGAGUGAUGUGUUAUGGCGGAAGAGACUACGUGUUCUCUAAAGCUGUUGGGGAGGCAGAGUGGUAAUGAGCUUUAGUUCUCCUGGACAGAUCAGAUAAUCCUGUUGAAAGAGGAAACAAUAAUUUAAAAGGGAAAACAAUCAGUAAAUGUAGACCUCUUGGUGGUGUAAUUUUGCUCUCAAGGCAGGCAGUUAAGACACCGCUGUGCAAAAUUACUGAUACUUUAGUUUUUUUGUUUUGUCACUAUGUUAUCACAGCAAUUAUCAGAGCGUACUGCUAGUCAUUUUCAAUGCUACAGCCAAUUACUUACAUCAGUGCUUGUGAAUUCAAAGUACUGAGACAAACAGCAUGAAUUUAUGUUAGUUUUCUUCAUUAGUGGAGCAAAACACGAUUUGACCUGUUGUGUUUUCUUCUGCCAUGAUCAUGUUGCUUUGAUGGUACCCAAUGUGCUGUUUGAUUUUUCAAACGUUGUAAUGUUUUGCCUUUAAUCAUGCAUCAAAUACACCGAGCCGUACUGCUGUGUUGCAUUCAA